UGUUUCCUUUUCCUACCUCGUCAGGUGACCUGCCGGGACUCUGGUCAUGUGACUAAGCAUGGAGGCGUCGGCGACGAGAAGCGUCACUCAGCGAAAACACUGAGGCCACAGGGGGGGGCUGGGAACGGGCGCACAAUAAACGGAAAAAGGCAACAGGCAGCCCUCUUACAUUCAACAUUUUUAUUGCUGUGAAAUGAGGGCAACAUGGGUGCCAAGGAGUCGAGGAUAGGCUUUCUCUCGUACGACGAGGCCGUCAAGAGAGUCACCGACGUAGAGCUGAAGCGGCUGAAGGAUGCCUUCAAGAGAACUAGCGGCCUCUCCUGCUAUAUGAACCAGCAAUGUUUCUACAAGGAGGUGCUUGGAGAUGGGGUCCCACCCAAAGUCGCAGAGGUGAUCUACAGUUCAUUUGGAGGCACCUCCAAGGGGUUACACUUCAACAACCUCAUCGUGGGACUGGUCCUGUUGACUAGGGGACGCGAUGAGGAGAAAUCCAAAUAUAUAUUUAGUCUGUUCGCCAGCGACUCGGGCAGCUAUGCCACACGGGAGGACAUGGAGGCUAUGCUGCGAGCCGUGGAUGGGGAAGUCCCGCCCUCUCUCAGGAAGUGCUUCACAGAGGGGGAGAGGGUCAAUUAUGAGAAGUUUAAGAACUGGCUGCUGCAAAACAAGGACGCUUUUACCAUCUCCCGCUGGCUGCUGUCCGGCGGCGUCUGCGUCACCCUGACGGACGACAGCGACACGCCCACCUUCUAUCAGACCCUGGCCGGCGUCACACACCUGGAGGAAUCGGACAUCAUCGACUUGGAGAAGCGCUAUUGGCUGCUCAAGGCCCAGUCCAGGACGGGCCGCUUCGACCUGGAAACCUUUGUGCCGCUGGUUUCCCCUCCCAUCCAUGCCUCGCUAAGUGAAGGAUUGUUUCAUGCCUUCGACGAAAAUCGUGACAAUCACAUCGACUUCAAGGAGAUCUCCUGUGGGCUCUCUGCGUGCUGCAGAGGCCCGGUGGCUGAGCGGCAGAAAUUUUGUUUCAAGGUGUUCGAUGUGGACCGGGAUGGCGUCCUCUGCCGAAGUGAGAUCCAAGACAUGGUCGUGGCGUUGCUGGAGGUUUGGAAGGACAACCGCACAGACACCCUUCCCGAGCUUCAAACUAAUGUCGCCGACAUCGUGGAAGACAUUUUGAAAAUGCACGAUAACACCAAGCUGGGCCAUCUCACUCUGGAGGACUACCAGAUCUGGAGCGUGAAGAGCGCGCUUGCCAACGAGUUCCUCAACCUGCUCUUUCAGGUGUGCCACAUCGUCCUGGGGUUGCGUCCUGCCACGCCAGAGGAGGAAGGGCAGAUAAUCAGGGGGUGGCUGGAGAGGGAGAGCCGACACGGGCUGCAGGUCGGACACAGCUGGUUCCUCAUCUCCAUGCAGUGGUGGCAGCAGUGGAAAGAUUACGUCAAAUAUGAUAACCAUCCCAUUGUGGUGGAGCAGCCGCCAGUGCUCGGCACGGCCCGGAGCCCCCAGGCGGCGGCGGGAGCGGAGCAGGCCACUGACCGCAGUGGUGUCAGCAGCUCCUUCAGCUCCUCCGACGAACGCUUCUCCGACAAUGUCUCCAGUGCCUCCGAGGCCUCGGAGACCACCAACAGCAGUAUGAUUCCCUCCAGUUCCACGGCCACCGACAUCUGCUUCGCGCGGCAGCACAACGUCUCGGACAACAACAACCAGUGUUUCUUGGGCGCUAACGGGAACGUGCUGCCCCUUCUGGCCACGCAGAGGCCCGGCGCCAUCGACAACCAGCCCCUGGUCACCUCGGAGCCCGUCAAGGCCCCCACGCUAACCAUGGAGGGGGGUCGACUGAGACGAUCGCCACCGCCAAGUCCGAGCCGGGACUUCGAGAUCGUCCCAGAGCCCGUGUGGAGGGCACUGUAUCACUGGUACGGUGCCAACCUGAGUCUGCCCCGACCGGUAAUCCGGGACACCAAGACCGAAGUCCCCGAGCUGGAGCUGUUCCCACGGUACCUGCUGUUUCUACGGCAACAGCCCGCGACCCGCAACCCCCAGUCCAACAUCUGGGUGAAUAUGGGUAUGACCAGCCUGCGAAUGUUCCCCCAGCAUUUGCCCCGAGGUAACGUGCCCUCUCCGAACGCCCCUCUGAAGCGAGUGCUGGCUUACACUGGCUGCUUCAGCCGCAUGGCUACCAUUAAGGACAUCCAUGAUUACCUGUCCCAGCGGCUGCGCAUCAAAGAGGAGGACAUGCGACUAUGGCUCUACAACAGCGAGAACUACCUUACCCUCCUCGACGAUGAAGACCACACACUGGAAAGUUUGAAGAUUCAAGAUGAACAGCAUUUAGUAAUUGAAGUUCGAAACAAAGACAUGAGCUGGCCAGAGGAGAUGUCCUUCAUAGCAAACAGCAGUAAAAUGGACCGGCACAAGGUCCCGACGGAGAAGGGAGCAACGGGUCUCAGUAACCUGGGCAACACCUGCUUCAUGAACUCCAGCAUCCAGUGUGUGAGCAACACCAAGCCUCUGACCGACUACUUCAUCUCAGGGAGACACCUCUAUGAGCUCAACAGAACCAAUCCGAUUGGGAUGCGUGGUCACAUGGCCAAAUGUUAUGGCGAUCUGGUGCAGGAGCUGUGGAGCGGAACGCAGAAGAACGUGGCUCCACUCAAACUGAGGUGGACCAUUGCUAAAUACGCCCCAAGGUUCAAUGGGUUCCAGCAGCAGGAUUCGCAGGAGCUCCUGGCAUUCCUGCUUGACGGGCUUCAUGAAGACCUGAACCGAGUCCAUGAAAAGCCCUACGUGGAGCUGAAAGACAGCGAUGGCCGGCCCGACUGGGAGGUGGCGUCCGAGGCCUGGGAGAACCAUCUGAGAAGGAACCGCUCCAUCGUGGUGGACCUGUUCCACGGCCAGCUCAAGUCUCAGGUCAAGUGCAAGACCUGCGGACACAUUAGUGCCCGCUUCGACCCCUUCAACUUCCUGUCCCUGCCCCUCCCAAUGGACAGCUCCAUGCACUUGGAGAUCACAGUUAUUAAGUUGGACGGCUCCACACCGGUACGAUUCGGACUGCGGCUGAACAUGGACGAGAAGUACACCGGCCUGAAAAAGCAGCUGAGCGAACUGUGUAGCCUGAAGCCUGAGCAGAUUCUGCUGGCCGAGGUCCACGCAUCCAACAUAAAGAAUUUUCCUCUGGACAACCAGAAAGUGCGGCUCUCCGUGAACGGCUUCUUGUGCGCGUUCGAGAUCCCCAUGCCAGGGUCGCCCACAUCUGUGUCCUCCCCCACUCCAACGGAAUUGCCACCUCUAGCCAAUGGCACGGUCACCUCAGCAGCCAAUGGCAACGCUCCCAGACCCAACCUGAUACCCAACGGUAUGCCGAGCACCGUGGUGCCCUGUGGGACAGAGCGGUGCCUGCCCAACGGCAUCCCCAAUGGACACGUGGCCCCCAUGCAGGAUAGCCCCUUCAUCGGCUACAUCAUCGCUAUGCAUAGGAAGAUGAUGCGGACAGAGCUGUACUUCCUGUCGUCUCAGAAGAACAGGCCCAGUCUGUUCGGUAUGCCGCUCAUCGUCCCCUGCACGGUGCACACGCGGAAGAGGGACCUAUACGACGCCGUGUGGAUACAGGUGUCUCGACUGGCCAGUCCGUUACCCCCUCAGGAGGCCAGCAACCACGCCCAGGACUGUGAUGACAGCAUGGGUUACCAAUACCCCUUUACGCUGCGUGUUGUACAGAAAGAUGGGAACUCGUGUGCCUGGUGUCCAUGGUACAGGUUCUGCCGGGGCUGUGCUGUGGACUGCACCGAUGAGCGAGCCUCUCUGGGGAACGCCUACAUCGCCGUGGACUGGGACCCCACCGCCCUACACCUGCGCUACCAGACCUCGCAGGAGAGGAUUGUGGAGGAGCACGCCAGUGUGGAGCAGAGCCGGCGGGCCCAAGCGGAGCCCAUCAGCCUGGACAGCUGCCUGCGGGCCUUCACCAGCGAGGAGGAGCUGGGCGAGGAUGAGCUCUACUACUGCUCCAAAUGCCGCACCCACCGACUGGCCACCAAGAAGCUGGACCUCUGGAGGCUGCCGCCUGUACUGAUUGUCCAUUUAAAAAGAUUCCAGUUUGUCAAUGGACGCUGGAUCAAGUCUCAGAAGAUCGUGAAGUUCCCCAGGGAGAAUUUCGACCCCAGUGCCUUCCUGGUGCCACGGGAGGCAGAGCAGGGGCUGGGGGAGUGUCAGGGAGAGGAGGUCACGAAGGCUGGGGUAGGGGACUCUGCAAUGGCCGUGUCUGUGCCUCCUGCUUCUGGCCUCUCUAACGACACCAAAGGUUCACCCAACUCCGGAAGGAAGUCUGGUGCCCCACGGAGCCGCGGCAGCAGUCCCAGCAGCAGCCCCAAGGGCGGCGCCAGAAAACAGGUCCGCCUGCGCAUGCCCCAGCUGGGUAGCCGACACCGGCUCUGCAACAGCAAGGAGAACCUGGACAGCAGCCGGGAGAGCUCCUCUGAGCUGGAGCAAACGGCCCCUGAUGGUGCGGUGGUCACGCUUGCCUCUGAGACGAGCACCCCAGAGUCCUGGAACAUGGAGGCGGCAGGCAGGGACUGCGAGGCCAUCGUCAUGAACGGUCUGGGACAGGACGGCAGCCAAAGCAAUGGCCACACGGAUGCCAGCGUUGACAUGGAGACGCCCCAUCACCAAAGAGACGAGAUCUACAUGGAGCCCAUGUACAACUUAUAUGCAAUUUCAUGCCAUUCAGGAAUCUUGGGUGGGGGCCACUAUGUGACAUAUGCCAAAAACCCCAAUGGGAAGUGGUACUGUUACAACGACAGCAGCUGUAAGGAAGUGCAUUCUGAAGAGAUAGACACAGACUCCGCCUACAUCUUGUUCUACGAGCAGCAGGGAGUGGACUACUCGCAGUUUCUGCCAAAGACUGACGGCAAAAAGAUGGCCGACACCAGUAGCAUGGACGAAGACUUUGAGUCGGACUACAAGAAGUACUGUGUCCUUCAGUGAGGGAGAGGUGUCCCUCCCGCAGUCUCCAUUUAUCAACAAGCCCACGCCCCACGAAGGCCAAAUGCCCAACCAAAAAUGUCCGUCUUUCGGAAUCAGCAGAAGGGAAACAUAAGGUGACGGUUACUUUCCUUAAAUUCCCCCCUUUAGCCCACCCACUACCGAAGUCAUCAGUCAGCUUGUGUGCCGCCACGCCUCCCGCCCAAUGUCAUAAGUUUGCAAAGCGUCAGCAGGUGAGUCUUCGGCUGCCAGGUACAUCUUAACCACAAGAUCACCGGAAGGACCUCAUGGAAACCCAGAACCAACAUAUGUGGCGCAGUGUUGACUGCAGUUUGACGAUCAGUUGGCACGUAUGGAGAUGGAUACGCAGGGAGUCAUUUUGGAUCACGGGUAGAACCGCGAAGACUCCCGCGUUCUUCUCGCGGAACCACCGGGAGAAACCUUGCGCUCUACCUCAUGGCCGGCAUUCGCAGUACCGCGGCUCCUUGUGGCAGUGACAUUGUAGAAAGUCCAAAUGUAACUGGAACGGUAUGAAUUCGGGUCAUACUGAUAGCGGCAGAGUUGCAUGCUGGGCUGGCUGUGGCCCGUAUUUUGACCCAGGUUCAGCAUUGAGCUCAUAGGGGACACUCACUGGGCAGAAAGACCACUCAAAGGUUUUUAUAAACUGCCAAAAAUGGGGAGUUCCAGUGAAGCGGGGCAGUGUAUUAAAUCUAUUAAUCCAGUGAGUGAAGUGGGUGUGCAUUUCAUUUUUUAUUAUUAUUAUUAUUAUUAUUAUUAUUGCUGUUAUAUAUACAUUUUAAGCCUGUGAGCUUGGGGUAACAUUUCCUUUGCAUUCAGGAUGUGUGCCAUACAGAUUGUUUCACAGAACACUUUGUGUGUUGUUUUAAUUUACUGGCUUUUCUUCAAAUACUUCUUUUAUAGUGGUUUCUUUUAUUAGUGAUUUUAAGCCUAAAGCUGUUUUCAGUUUCCCAAUCACAGGGCUGCCCCAAUCAAGUGGAUUUUUUUCCCCUCUCUUCUCUUUUCUUUUUGCACACCCUUUUAACUUAAAACUAGUGCAGUGUUUCCAAGCUGGUCCUUGACGACCCCUAGACAGUCCAAGCCGGGAGGUGGGAGGGAGGGUCCCUGACAACUGGACUGGGAAUCGCUGAACUAGUGUACAACAAGGAUGUCCAAAAAGUCAUGGAAUGCCAUGAUAUCAGUUCAUCCUAAAGCUUUUGUGUUGAUAUUAUUGUCAGCUAAUUUCCGGAUGAUUAAUUGAUAUCUACUCAUUAUUUAGUUGAGGUGCAUGCAGACUGCGUCCCCGGCCCCAUUCUCGUGGACUUGUAAAAAGCUGAAGUUGUUAGGCCAAAGUCUUACUGGUUGUGUGGCCACUGAGUGGCCUGUCCUGUGCAUUUGCAGGGUUUCUCUUGAUUGAGUGUCGUCCUAUGAGCAGUGUUAUUAAAUGGGCCAGAUUAACUAGAGGCUGUGUGGAGACGCCAUUGAAUCCCCCCCCCAGACCUCGUCUGUGUUUUUUCUUUUCUGUUUUUUUUCCUUUUUCCUUUGGGUGGGUGGGGGGUGUUGCUUUUCCUUUUAAAGGCCCUCCGGCGUGUUAGUGUUUUAUGAGGGACAUCAGGAGAGUCUGUGUCAAUUUAAAGCAUCUGAAAUGCCCACUGUGACAGGUACUCCUUAUGGGGGGGGGUUUGGGAUGGGGGGGGGGUGUGGAGAAACAGCUUCUCUUCAGAUGUGCUUCUAUGCCCUGGAAAUGCUACCAGAUCCGUGACAGAUGAGUCUUCGAAGAAACAAUUGGAUUUCUUUCACUGUGGAAUAAGACCGACAGGCUUUUCACGGCCAUCCUCCCCCUCCCUCCUGUGAACAACAAAUAUCGGCAAACAAGGAGAAUGUGGUUUCCAACUCCGAACUCUGUAUUGUCUAACCCCCUUUUUUUUGGCAGUGUUCCAAAAUAUUUGUCAAUUUAAACUGUAAACUGUAGCUAUACAGAAAGCAGCCUGCACCUGACUUUGCACAUGUGUGGCUGCAGCUGUGCACAAGCCUAUUCGCUGGUUAGACCUCGUUCCAGCCAUUUGUAUCCCUUGGCCUCGCUCACAGGGGGUAACGUAUGAACAACCCUCUCUUCGGUGGAACAGCCUGUCACCAGGUAGUGCAAUCUACUACUGAUCUGUUUGUCUUUUACCUGUUAAUAGAUGUAAACUCUUUAAGUUAAUUCUAAUGGAUUGGCCGAGGUGUAAUAAUUUAAUGAGCUUUAUUUUGUAAAGUGUUUAAAGAGUUAAAAAAUGACAUUGCACUGACAUGACCUGUAUAUAAAGUGUUUUGUAAAUAAACCAGCAGAACUGAUGUAUUGGAAUAUGACCUGUAAAAAAGUACUUGUAGUUGUACAUGGAGUGAAAUUGUAUCUGUAAUGAUUAUUCAAGCAACAGAUUAAAUACAGCGGAUGCAAUUCAGUGGAUAGGAUUCAA